UUCUUUCUUUCUUUUUUUCUUUUUCUUGCACCACCCCCUUCCAUUUCCCUGCAGUCAACAGGAAGACUGGAGGCCAGAGAGGAGAGAGGCAGACUCCGCAGGAGAGGAAGGACGCACGGGUCCAGCUGCAGCACCGGGAACAAAGAGACGCAUUGAGGCGGCAGAAUGAGCAAGACUCAGAAGGAGGUGAAGAAAAUCCAGUCGGCCUAUCUGCAGAACCUGGAGAAGCUCAACCAGGGCAUAAAGCCGGAGAAGAAGAGUUGGAAGACGAAGGAGGGAGACUUUGCUGUUCAGACGGCGAUGGAAAAGCUGAGGCAGCCGCCGAGCGCCGGCCCGGUCACCAAGAGUUCAGCCCACAGGAUCAGCCGAGACCUGACCUGCUCCAUCUGCCUGGACCUCUUCAAGCAGCCCGUGUCUCUGCCCUGCGACCACACCUUCUGUCAGGGCUGCAUCGAGGGCUACUGGUCGGGACCCCGCGGCCCCGGCCAGGGGGGCACGGGGUCCUGCCCCCAGUGCAGGAAGGUGUACGCCGGCCAGAGCUACAGACCCAACCGCAUCGUGGCCAACAUCGUGGAGAGCUACUGCCAGGGCCUGGAGGAGAGCGGACCCGGGGCCCGGCUGCCGGAGGCGGUGGUGGCGGCGGCGGAGGAGAGAGCCCCGGCGCCGGCUCCGGUCCCUCGCUGCAGCAGACACAGAGAGGAGCUGAAGCUGUACUGUGAGGACGACCAGGAGCUGGUGUGUCUGGUGUGCGGGGUCUCCCAGGAGCACAGGAACCACACCAUGCUGUGUGUGCAGGAGGCCGAGGGCAAGUACAGGGCUUCUCUGAACAGCACCAUGGAUUCUCUUAAAGCCGAGCUCAACACGGCUCUGCAGUGCGACCGAGAGGCCGAGGACGAGGUGAAGAAACUCAAGGACCACACGGCUGACCUGAAGCAGCGCAUCGAGGCCCAGUUCAGUGACCUCCACCAGUUCCUGUACCAGGAGGAGAAGCUGCUGCAGGUGAAGCUGAAGACGGAGGAGCGUCGGGAGCUGAUCCGUCUGGACGAGCACAAGGCGCUGCUGUGCGUGGAGAUCUCCCGCCUCCAGAGGGCGGUAAACGAGAUAGAGGAGAAGCUGUGGGAGCAGGACUCAUUCACACUGCUGAGAAGCAUCAAAGUUCUCCUCCAGAGGCCAUCGCUGAAGUUUGAGAAACCCGUGUUCACGCCUCACAGCCUGUGCGAGGGUCGGUUUGCGGGGCCGCUGCAGUACCGUGUGUGGAAAUCCAUGAAAGGAAGCAUCUACCCAGUUCCAGCCGCCAUCACCUUUAAUUCCAGCACGGCCAACCCCUGGCUCAGCCUCACCUCCUCCCUCACCUGCGUGCGCUACCAGACCUUUAACCACACGGUGGAGGACAACCCCUACCGGUUCAACGCCGCCCUGUCACUGUUGGGAAGUCAGGGCUUCACCCACGGACGCCACUACUGGGAGAUCGAAGUCUACAGCAGCACCGUGUGGACCGUGGGCGUGGCCCGAGAGUCGGUGCCCAGAAAGGGAGUCAUCAAAGCCCUGCCGGCCAACGGCUUCUGGACCCUCUCCCUGUCUUACGGGAUUCAGUACAUGGCUGGCACCUCCCCCCCGACGGUGCUGUCCCUGGAGGAGCCGCUGGCCAGGAUCGGGGUGUACCUGGACUACAAGAGAGGCCUGGUGUCCUUCUACAACGCCGAGAGCAUGACGCAUCUGUACACCUUCAGGGAGAACUUCUCUGAAACCCUCUACCCCUACUUCAACCUGGGGUUCCUGGACAAAGUGCAUGAAAACGAACCUCUGAAGGUUUUCCUGCCAAAGAUUUAACAGUAAUUCUUAGACUCCACUGCACACACGCACACACACACACACACACACAUACCUGGAGGGUGCUGAAAUACCAAUCAACAGUGAGGUAAACUAACGAAAUCAACGAGGUUCAUUUAAAAAAAAAUUUUUUUUUGUUGCAAUUUUGUAAAUAGCUGCUUGUACAAUAACAAAGGAUUUUUUUAAAAAUACAUUCCUGCCUUUUCUCCUAAUGUAAAUGUCACAGUAGCAUGUAGUGCUGCCUCGUGACCACCUGUUGGCAGCACCUGAAGUUGUGACGUCACCUGGGUCCAGUUAUAUGACCAGUCUAUACUUUAUCCCUGUGGGGAUUGCGACAUCUCAACUAUAGUGCAGUAUUUCAUGGAAAUAUAACAGCACCAUGUGGUGUUUUUCUAAAUAUAUGUAUACAAAUAUAUAAAUAAAUGCACAUAUAUAUAGACAUAUAUUUAUA